AUGCCGCCCCCCUCUCUCCUCCUCUUCACCACCUCCCAAACCCCCCUCCCCCUCCGCUACCCCCACCCCCAAAAACCAACCCUCGCCCUCCCUCCCCUCCUCCACCGCUCCCUCCACGCCGCCCUCGACAGAGACGACCCUUCUCUCCGCUGGCAAGACGGCGCCAUCUGGAUCCCCGAUCCCCAAUCUCUCGGCCGUUCUGAGCCGCUGCCAGUGGAGAACGGCCACGCCGCGCCAGAAAGUGUGCAGGAUGAGAGAGAGGUGACUGUGAAGGUGCAUCUUGUCGCGGCAGGGCCGGAGGAUGGGCCGGGGAGCGCGAGUACGCGGGCGGGGUACGUACCCGAAGCUUUGGCUUUGCUGCAAACGACAAAAGGGCUCGGUCUGCCGGAUAACCUGUUGGUGGGGUUCAAAGGGAUCGAUUAUAAAGGCACAAAAACCGGCACGAAAGACGUUGCCGGACCAGAGAAACCCUCCAGCCCCAGUCUCCCUCUUCCGGCAGCACCCUCCACAACAGUCAUCCCCCCCGAGCUCGAAGCCCAAGUCUUGGCAGUCUGGUCCCACCUCUUCACUUCCAAAUCGUCUCUCCUCCAACCAGGGGGCAAGCUCGGCUCCAUGUAUGCGCCUUUGAACCUUUUGAAGAAGUUGGUGGAGAGGGGAGAAGGAGGGGAAGGGGAAGGGGAAGGGGUGGAGGCGAAUGUGUUGGAUACGCCGGAUUGUCAUCAUUUGCCGGGAGAGUAUGCUGGGUAUGCGAGGGAGAAGGGGGUGCAGCUUUGGGCGGGCGGUGGACGGGAGGGGUCUGACCCAAUCCCAUCACCCCACCUCCAAAACUCCCUCCACGAGUUCCUCCCCCUCCUCCGCUCAUCUCCCCUCCUUCCCAUCGAAGCGCGUCAACUCCUCAGCAACAAGAAGCUGGAUAAGCAAGUGGCGGUGACGGAGGAUGGGCUUGGUUUUGUUGAAAAUGGGGAAGGAGGGGUGGAGGUGCGGUGGGUUUUGAGUUAUACCGUCAUAUCGAAAACCAGAAACGUCGUCGAAGACAAGGGGUAUAUCAUCGCCGCCGACUUCCUACCAUGAACAUCCUCUCAACAUUACUGCUCUUAUCCUCCAGAUGGAUUGUACGGCAGGUUUGGGGGUGAUGAGAAGCAUUGGGGGGCGUAGGGCGUGGGGCGUAGAUUGUAGGGUAUGGGGUGUAGGGAUGCAGGGGAGUGAGGUGCAUGAGGGUUGUCAUUAUACUAAUGGAGAUUCGUGCGAGUGCGAGGGAGAAUGGGAAGGGAUGUCAUUAUUAGCAUUUGAGAGUUGUUCAAAACGUUUCGUGAUAGAAUGCAUGGGCUUGUGAAUGUUACA